AUGUCAGCACCACCAUUAAUUCGACCACCUCCAAAACCGGCGUCAAGAAUGAAACUGCCAGGACUUCAGAUCCCUAAUUCUCAGUCAAGAUCUAUGUCACCUGUAAUAAGUCCACCAAAAGACGAAGAUAUUUCCAUGUCUGACAGCAGUUCGACAACUUUAUUAAGUUCGGGUCUUCCUACUGCCACACCUCAAUACCAUAACCCAACAUUAGCAACGACGACAGCUAAAUCGAUAUACACAGCAAGUGCUAGUACCUCGACUCCUUCUCUCCCAAGCAUAAUAACCUCCGACCAUCAAAGCAUUGCCAGUCUUCCCAUGCCUGUGCCGCGUAAAAGUGCACACCCAUUCAGUCACAGUAACAAUUCAAGCUCAACUGGACUGCAUCUCAGUUUAAAUACCAACUCUGAAACUUAUGGGUCCUAUGGAUCAUACGGCGUCAGUUCAACCGGUGAUGUCACCGGUACCAGCAAUAUUGGUGGACCAUACGGAUCUUAUGGAUCUUAUGGGAGCGCCAGCACAUCUCUAAUAGUCCCGCCUGAAAAUUAUCCAUCUAACCGGUCUCCGUUGUCAGCAGCAUCUGGCUUGUUCAGUGCUGAGGUUCUAGCCGCCGUAAGAGUUGGUGACGAUAGUAGCUCGCUCAACGAUAGUGACGUUGACCAUAGCAUGACUGUGGACAGUAAAAGCAGUAGUAGCGGUACGUCGAGGCUAACUGCUACUGAUAGUUUGGGUGCCAACGGCGGCUUAUCGACGUCAGUUUCAUCCAAUUCUAACUCCGGUUACACCACUCCAAACGGUAGUUACUUACUAUCUCAAAGCACCAGCAACAAGAGUCUCAGUUCUGAGUACGAUGUUGAAGACUUGGAUGAAGAAGGGUGGGCUAUGGUUGCCCGUCAGGGUGAUAUUGUGGAUAUGGGAAGACUUGGUGAGGGGUCUGGUGGUAGUGUUAGUCGAUGCCGUCUUAAGAAUGGCAAGACUAUUUUUGCUUUGAAAGAAAUCACUACUAAUCCCAACCCGGAACUACAAAAACAGAUUCUGCGGGAACUUCAAUUCAACCGAAGUUGCAACUCUCCACAUAUUGUCAAGUAUUACGGUACAUUUCUCAGCAACGAGUUCUCAUCGAUCUUUAUUGCAAUGGAAUACUGUGGAGGUGGCAGUCUCGAAGCUAUUUAUAAACGAGUUAAAGCUCGAAAUGGACGAAUCGGCGAAAAGGUGUUAGGAAAAAUCGCCGAGGGUGUGUUGAGCGGUCUGUCGUAUCUCCAUGAACGUAAGAUCAUCCACCGUGAUAUCAAGCCACAAAACAUCCUUCUUGAUGCCAAGGGACAGGUUAAACUGUGUGACUUUGGUGUUUCUGGCGAAGUAGUCGACUCUCUAGCCACUACUUUCACCGGAACUUCUUACUACAUGGCACCAGAACGUAUUCAAGGCCAGCCGUACACUGUCACCUCGGAUGUAUGGUCUCUUGGACUGACCUUGAUGGAGGUAGCUCAGCAUCGAUUCCCAUUUUUGACUGAAGGACACGAUCCUUUGAUGCCAAUCGAACUGCUGACAUUUAUUGUUAACAUGCCAGCUCCCGAGCUGCAAGACGAGCCGCAAGAAGGUAUCAAAUGGUCGAACUCGUUCCGACACUUCCUCAGCUGCUGCCUGGAGAAGGAUCCCAAAAAACGAGCCAGCCCUCGUCAGAUGCUCAGCCACCCAUGGAUGGUGGGCCAGCGUUCCAAAACAGUCAGAAUGGACAAAUUCGUCAAAGAGUGCUGGAACUAG